AUGAUCGAGCCAGUAUCAAAACCAAAUGCUAAUGCAAAAUCUAUCAUUUCUUUUGAUCCUUCUGGGAAGCUAGAUUUUGGAUCUUCUGAAGAAACAAUUCAACCAAGGAACGUAAAAUUAGAUUCAAUGAGAAAUACCGACUCUUCAGGUUCAGCUUCAGAUAAAACAAAAAGUGUUGUUUGUGGAACUGGUGGCUGCAAUGCCACCCAAAUUACCAACAAUACUAUAGAAACUGAAGUACUGAUUCACGUUCAAACUAAAGUUAAUUUGAAUCACGAUGAGAAAAAGAAAUUUAUGGAAAAUUCUUCUGAUGUACCAAUCGUUGUUGGAUAUAAAGGUUCCAAUCCUAACAGGAAGCCAUUUGACAUAGGUUAUGGAAAUGACAUUCCAAGCCGUGAAUACGGAGACUAUCCGCCUUAUUUCCGACCAACAUAUACAAACCCGCCUAUAAAUAUUGGUCCAUCUUUUAAUCAAAGAAACGGCUUUGACAAUUAUGGUUUCUCGACAUUUAGGCCACCAAUUGGUAGAAAUUAUUAUGGUUUUCCAGGUAGUUCAACAACUUUUGCCGGUGGAUUUUAUGGUUCGACAACUCAUAGACCUUUGGAUCUACAUUAUGGUUACGCAGAAUCCCCACCCAACCUGAAUAGACCACGCCACUACAACAAUAAUAGAGUUGAAUUGCAGGUUCCUCACUUUGAACAUGGUUAUAACAAGCAUUAUUUUAGAGAAGAACCUCCUCCGCAUAAUAUUUUGCUUGAUAGAGGCAAUGCUUACAAUCCAGUGGAGUUUAGGCCUACAUCUUGGACACCGUCUAGUAGUUGGGGUGGAAGAAAUUAUAAAUUUGAGUUCAGUGAUCAUAGGAGAAAUUAUGGAAAUCCGUCCAACGAAAAUCAGUUACCUGGACAACUUGUUCACCACGAUAAUCAUGGUGUAGACUGUUCAUGUAGAAAUUCGAACGCUGCCAUACCUCAUCAAGAUUUGAAUAUUUAUGCUGCAUCGUCUUUAAAUCCAAGAAUUGCUGUUCCUGACAAAAAAAUCACUAUAGAUAAUAAAUUAGCACCAUUAAAUUAAUAUUUUGUGUUAUUAUACCUAUUGUACGUUUUUAGGCAUUACCUACUCAUUUUUACCUGAUAAUUAAAUCUGAAUUAUUA